CUAUCUUUGGUGGAGACACUCGCACGAUUCGAGAAGGACGUGAAGCAGACCGACACCGGGUUCCUGGCGAUAGCAACAGAGGUGGAGAAUAACGGAGAGAAAGCCUCGGAAACUCCAGAAAAAAUCAAGGAAUUACUGAAGGAGUUCCAAGACAUUCUUCCUGACGAUCUUCCGAACGAGCUACCGCCAUACCGAACACAUCAACAGGAGAUUGUGGAGGAACCGGGUUCGAAACCGACCUUCCGAGCACCAUAUCGGCUCAGCCCUAUGGAGCUGACUGACAUGAAAAAACAGAUCGAGUAUCUCCUAGCCAAAGGACUCAUCCGACCAUCCACUUCGCCGUACGGUGCCCCAGUACUCUUCACACCGAAACCGGACGGAAGCCUGCGCAUGUGCAUCGACUACCGAGCUCUUAACAAGCAGACCAUCAAGAAUAAAUAUCCGAUACCGCGAAUCGAUGACCUGCUUGACCAGCUUCGGGGAGCUACGUAUUUGGUCAUGCCGUUCGGACUCACCAACGCGCCGGCAACGUUCCAAGCCGAAAUGAACCACAUUUUACGACCACUCUUGGACGAAUGCGUGGUGGUGUACCUGGACGACAUCCUCAUUUACUCGCGCGACAUGAAGCAGCACGUCGAACACCUGCGACGCGUCUUCGAAAUUCUUCGACGAGAACGAUUCCACGUCAAACUGUCCAAGAGCGAAUUCGCCCUUGAAAAGGUCCAAUUCCUAGGACACAUGGUGAGCGCUCAAGGAGUUCACGUCGACCCCAAGAAAGUCGAAGCCGUACGUAUGUGGAAGACACCCGAGAACGUGAAGGAGUUGCAGCAGUUCCUAGGCUUCGCUAAUUACUACAACAGGUUCGUGCCACAGUAUGCAAAACUCGCGGCACCACUCACGAAUCUGCUGAAGAAGAACACGUCCUACAAAUGGGAGACGAAGCACCAGGAAGCCGUGGAACAGCUGAAACAAGCACUAACAUCCGCACCGGUGCUCAUCUUGCCAGAUCCCGAACGUGACUACGUCAUUGAAGCAGACGCCAGUGAUCAGGCCGUGGGUGCAGUCUUAAUGCAAGACCAGGGGAAUGGACUGCAACCAAUUGCCUACCUCAGCAAGAAACUGCACGGGGCAGAACUCAACUACCCGAUACACGACAAAGAGGCUCUUGCUAUCAUCAUCGCCUUCAAAGCGUGGAGAUGCUAUCUCGAAGGACGAAGAACGACCGUCUACACCGACCACUGCAGCCUGAAAUAUUUGAAGACACAACCCAACCUUUCCAGGCGGCAGGUCCGGUGGAUCGACUUCCUCGAGACACACUUCCACUACGACAUCAUGUACAAGCCCGGCCACAAGAACAAAGCAGACGCUCUCAGCCGGCCUGCACACGUUGCCGCGAUUCAGGUCGAAGGGAUGAAUCCACUACUCAAGGGACUCUUCACCCACGGGUACGCCAUCGACCCCGAAAUUUCCUUGGCAGAAAAGCGACAUCUGCUACAGUGGGACAGUGACAUCGCGUACCGGAAGGGAUCCACAAAAAUUUGGGUACCCAAUUACCCUCCUUUGCGCCAGUUACUACUCGAAGAAUACCACGACGUCCUGUACGCCGGACACUUCGGUAGCAACAAGACGCUCACCGGUAUCGCCAAACACUACUACUGGCCCCAUAUGGCAGACGACGUCCAGAAAUUCGUCACCUCGUGUGAUACAUGUCAGCGGAUGAAGAGCAGCAAGCAGAAAAAGGCGGGACUACUGCAGCCUCUUCCUGUCCCAGAACAACCAUGGCAAGUGGUUAGCCUGGACUUCAUCACCGGGUUACCACCUACCUCCAACGGUCAUGACGCCAUCCUUGUCGUCAUUGACAAGUUCUCCAAAAUGGGACACUUCAUCCCGACACACACGACGGCACGCACCGAGGAGACAGCACAGCUCUUCGUUCGUCAUAUCAUCUCACAGCAUGGCAUCCCAACCACACUCAUUUCCGACCGAGACCCCAAGUUCACCAGCAAGUUCUGGAAGGAACUCAUGUCUCUACUCGGCACCAAACUCGCCAUGUCAUCCGCAUACCAUCCGCAGACAGACGGACAGACCGAGCGCCUCAACCAAAUUGUUGAGCAACUCCUCCGAGCAGCCUGCAAGGACGACAUCUCCAAAUGGGACUUGCACCUGCCCGUACUCGAGUUUGCUUACAACAAUGCUACACAUGCCGCUACUGGACAGACGCCGUUCUUCCUCUGCUACGGACGCCACCCACUCACACCACAAAAACCGACAGCAUCAGCUACAGUCCAACCCGCACAUGAUUUCAUUACAACCAUGCACCAGCUUUGGGAUCGGACCCACAAGCGCCUACUCGACAUUCAACAGCAACAGAAGCGCCAGGCCGAUCGCCAUCGCAACGACCAGACCAUCACGGUGGGAGACCAGGUGCUUCUUGACACCCGCAACCUGGACAUCAGCCACCUCCCAUCUAAACUUCGACCUCGCUUCUGCGGGCCUUUUCUCGUUGAAGCACAGGUCACUCCUGUUACCUUCCGCUUACGCCUGCCAGCUACCUGGAAGAUUCACAACGCCUUCCAUGUCCAGCUUCUGAAGCCCUACCGGGAUCCGAACACGAUCUUCGCGCAGUGGUAGGGGGGAGCAAGGAGGAGUGGGG